GUAAACAUGCCAGCACCGGAUACAAAUAUCAACUCUCGAAUUUCCAAGUUUAAGUUCCAAGGGAAAUCCGAUGAGGCUCGAAGAAAAAGGACCGAAGUAACAAUCGAGAUGCGUAAAGCUAAUAAGGAUAGACAGCUAUUUGAGAAACGACGGAAUAUUAAUUUUGAUGAUGAGCUGGAUAGUCCGACGAAAGAAAAAUCUCAAAUUCAGACUAUGAGCAUCGAUGAAAUUAUUAUAGGAAUGCAAUCUACCGAUGAACUUGUUCAAUUAGAGGCCACUCAAGCUUGCAGAAAAAUGCUUAGUCAAGAAAAAAAUCCUCCCAUUAAUGAUAUGAUCGAGAAAGGAAUUAUUCCACUUUGUAUAAAAUUUUUGGGCUAUCAUCAUAGAUCGAUGCUACAAUUUGAAGCGUGUUGGGCUCUCACAAACGUUGCUUCAGGAACAUCCGAGCAGACGCUAGUAGUUAUUAAACAUGGUGCUAUAGUUAAAUUAGUAGAGCUUUUAAAGUCUCCGAAAAUGAAUGUGGCUGAGCAAGCCGUUUGGGCUUUGGGUAAUAUUGCUGGCGAUGGACCUUUACCAAGAGAUAUGGUUCUUAAAGAAGAUGCUUUGCCACAUAUAAUUUUGUUAUUAAAUCCCGAGACUCCCAUUUCUUUUGUACGCAAUAUCGUUUGGACUUUAUCAAAUCUAUGUAGAAACAAGAAUCCAGCUCCACCUUUUGAUAUCGUAAAACAGGCACUUCCUCUAUUAAAUCGUCUUUUAAGCUACACGGACAAAGAUAUUCUUGCUGAUGCUUGUUGGGCUCUUUCGUAUCUUACCGAUGGCCCAAAUGACAAAAUUCAAACAGUAUUGGAGUCGGGUAUCGUGCCUAAAUUAGUGGAAUUACUUGGUUCUUCGGAAGUCACAGUUCUUACACCUGCUGUUCGAGUCGUAGGAAAUAUCGUAACCGGAAACGAUGCACAAACAGAUUCGAUAAUUGCCGCAGGUGGUUUAAAUUAUCUUUCUGCAUUAUUGUUGCACAAAAAGUUUAAUAUUGUAAAAGAAGCCGCUUGGAUGAUCAGUAAUAUUACUGCUGGCAAUCAUGAACAAAUCCAAGCCGUUAUCGACGCUGGCCUAAUACCACCUCUGAUACAAAUAUUGAGCACGGGAGAUUUCAAGUCACAAAAGGAAGCUGCAUGGGCAAUUACUAAUUUAACAUCUGGUGGGACUGUGCCUCAGCUUGUUUAUUUAGUCAAAUCAGGACUUUUGGCACCAUUCUGUAAUCUUCUCGAAUCAAAAGAUUGGAAAUGCGUCAAUGUCGUUCUCGACGGUCUUGUACACAUUCUAAAUGUUGCAGAAAAAAUGGAAGAAGUUGAUAAAGUGGCUUUGAUGAUCGAAGAAGUUGGAGGUUUAGAUAAACUUGAAGCUUUGCAAACGCAUAAGAAUGAAGAAAUUUAUGAAAAAACUCUUGCCAUUAUUGAUAAAUUCUUCUGCGAAGGGGAAUCUGAUCCAAACGUACUACCAUCUACAAACGAAGAAGGUCAAUUAGAAUUUCAAGCUUCAAUUGCAACGCCUCAAGGUGGUUUUCAAUUUUAAAGAAAAUUAUUUUAUUAUUAUGUUCCAAUUAGAUGAUAAUCAAUUUUGUGUA